AGCGAUAGACCUAGCCCCGGGCAGUGCGGCCACAGAGGAUAUCCACUCAAGAACCUAACGCCGACCGAGACUGAAUGGAGGAGUGGCAGAAGCAGCUGGUCGGCAAGUGGAUUCUGGUGACGCACGACGGCCAGUACGACGCGUGGAUGAAGCUGAAGGGUGUCUCUUGGGCAAAUCGCAAGGUUGCGGCGGGGCUGUCGGCCGUAAAGGAUGUAGAGAUCGCCGAGGGCGUCGUCACACAUACGUACACGCUGCUCAAGAUGAUCAAGGUGAAGCAGACGCUCGACCCGGCGGCGACAGAGCCCGUUGAGGGCAGCGAGAAUGGAGACCGCGUGCUCCUCCUGGCGCGGUGGGACGCCGACACCUGCUCUCUGGUGUUCCACAAGACCUUUCCCGACAGGCAGCUUGUUGAGACGAUGACAAACGCCGUCUCCGAAGACGGCGCGACCAUGACGGUAACACUCACCACCACGAGCAAGGGCGGCCAGAGUGUCACCACGGUCGACACCUUCUCGAGAGCCAGAGACUCGAAGCGGUGGAGCAGCGGCUGAUGCGGCUAGCCAUGUACUACGUAGACGAGGGGAGGGUCGGGUGCGUCGGUCGGCCGGCGGAGCCUGUCCGUCGGCGGGUGUUCGG